AUGAGUUAAUAAGUUAAGAUCUAUUUAGAGAAUUUAUAUUGUUUAAUAUUAGGUGAUAGUUAUAUACACAAAGAAAGUUGUUUAUUUCAACAAUUGCUAAAAACACAAAUAUCAUAUUUCUCCUCCUUACAAUAGUUCAAUCCAAUUAAAAGCAUCUGGAAUUUGAUGAAAAAAUAAAUAGUUAAAUCAUCACUUUGCACUAACUCAAAUCUAAUUAAUGUAUAAGUUGUGAUUAUGGAUUACCUACAAACAACAUUUGACCAAUCAACCUAUCUAAUUAAUAUUAUGAGAAACAAUAUGGAUACAGAGAUAUUUGUAAAUUAAAUAAUCCGUUAUAUACUAAUGGAUUUUGUUAAUAUUAUCCAAUUUCUUUAUUGGAAGAUAAUUGUGUUUAAGAUGAUUAAAUUUUCUGGUUUAUUAUGUAUGACCUGUUACAUAUCGAUACAUCUCCAAAAAUAAUAGGAUCUAGUUUAUAUGAGGUUUUUAAGUUUAAUUCUGGUACUUACUCUAAUUCAAUUUAUACAGUUGGGUAUUGCAUUACUAUUGUAACUUUUAAUGAUUUUUCCCUUAAUUGUGAAAUUUAGUUUUGAAUUAAUAAGGCUUAUUUGGUUCAAUUAUUAUAAAUGA